CACCUGGCAACCCGCGGGGUUACAACAAGUUAAGUAAAAGCGCUAGGGCUCUCCCAUUAGUUUAGUGUAGAUGCUAUUGCUAAUGCUAGCGAUAAGCUAAGCUAGUUAGCUACUUAAAUGACAGGCGUGUCUUUUCUUUUAAUAAUUUGGUCUAACUUAAUAAAAAAAAACUAAUAAAUAAACAAAGCAGUACAAUUCUAGUUUUUCCCUUAAUAGCUAUGUUUAAUAGCAAAUUUUACAGUCAACUUUCUGAAACGCAGUGUUGCAAGCUAAAGCAGCUAGCUUGUUAGCCAAACAGUGGAUUAAAUAGACUUCGGGAUUUCAGGCAUUGAGUUUAUUCAGUUAGCUUGUUAGCUACCGGCAAAAAAAAAAUGUGUGUUGCAGAAGGAAAAACAAUUGAUAUCAUGAUAGAUUUGGAGAAUUUUCAGUGAAACGCUGCCGCUUAUAGAGAUCAUGAGCGGAUGAGGGAAUAAAGCAGAGAAGCUCCAUGGCCGGGGAGAGCGAGACAGAGAGAGAGAGAGAGCAGUGAAGCCAGUUUCAGAGGAACAAUGAUGGCUUCGUUUGCCGCCAGAUGAUGUCUUGAAUCCCCUCUGAUGAUCCGGAUCUUCAUCAUCCUCAAGAGUCUGACAAGAAGAUGAAGGUGCACAUUGACGUGGAUGAUAAAAAUGAGACGGCUCACCCAUCACACACACUGAAUUAUACCAUCCAGGGUCAAAAGGAUAUCGCUGGGCUUGGGGACAGAAAGAAUCACCUGGUUUUUGAGGACCAUCUUUGUAGGAGCAUGCUGUUUGACGAGGCUGGGUCAAAAUAUGUUGGAAAUGAGUGUUUGCAGAUAUCGGGGAAACUGUGCGACGGUCCAAUGGCGGAAUCACAUAGUGUGAUUUCAGAGUGUGAUUUGGAAAUGCUGGAGAUCUCAGAGGACAGUUGUUCUAUACCUGAAAACGGCGAUAAUGAUUACAAUGACAGUUUCACACCAGAAAUACAGCAGGCCUAUAGAAUAUUCCAGAGUUUUCUUCUGGAGAAACACAAAGCUGCGACUGCUCCGUUUUGGUUCCCCGUUGGAGAUCAAGCCAGAAAUGAUAUGUGUUUGAAAAAGAUAGACAACAAGUUUGUCAAGCGGGAAUAUGAAAGUAUUACCGAAUUUGUGGCUGAUUUUCGCCAGAUGUUGGAAAACUGCUAUAGAUUUCACGGUAUUGAUCACUGGAUCUCGAAACAGGCACAAAAACUGGAGGUCAUCCUGGAGCAAAAGCUAACUUUACUCUCAAGGACACUGAGAGAAAAAACAGCCUUGGCCGUGACUUCUAGGGGUCGUUUUGGCACCGAAGAUGAAAAAGCACCGGUUGGCACUUCAACUAGGCGCCGAUCUGUGCCACGAAACUUGGCAGCUAUUUCCGUAUGUGGCUCUGAAUCCAUCAUGGUGCAAGCGCUUCGGCUGGAGGAACAACAGAGGGCCAAGGAGGAAAAAAGGCAGCGAGACCUCGAGAAGAAGGAAGCUGGGGAGACUUCAGCCAAAGAAGUGGAGGAAUGGGAGCGCUCAUUGCUCUCACUAGCAGAACCGUGGCCCAUUGGCACUGUGUGGGAACUUCCUGCUAUCGGUCACUUCUUGUGCCUGGCCCAAACAGCCCUCAACCUUCCAGAGAUCGUAUUCUUCGAAUUGGAACGCUGCCUGCUAAUGCCUCGCUGUAGCUCUUUCUUGGCAAAGAUCAUGACAUCACUGCUUUGCCCUCCUCAUCGAAGAAUGACACUCCACAGGCGCCCAGCACUGCCUUAUCGUCGCUGGGAGGCGGAGUUGAGGCAGAAAGUCUUGGGAUGGUACCAGUCUAUAGGUCGAGCCAAGGACCAAGAGGCUUGCGCCGAACAUCUAGGACUUUGCCACCGUUUUUUCUGGACCCUGGGAGAGACAAGUCCCUUGGAAGAGAAACCAUUCCAUUUGUUGCCAUUCAACCAUCGUGUUUGGUUGCUUAAGGGCCUUUGUGACAAUGUCUACGAGACGCAGAAGGACGUGCAGGACGCCGUGCUCGGACAGCCUAUUCACGAGUGCCGAGAGUCCAUCUUGGGCUAUGACAGUCAAGAGAACACAUACAUACACUUCCCACAUUUCUGUGGUGCCGAUCUGCGUAUAUAUUGCCAGAGUCCAUGUCUACCACUGGAAUUCCCCUUGCCCUCUUUCUCUGUGAAGAAACUAGAGCCUGGAAUGGUGGACAGGACAGAGGAGAACUUGAGCCCCUGUCCCGAUGUCAAAGCGGGGAACUGGGAAUUCUGUCUGAGAGUUAGAGAUGAUGGCUCGGAAGAAAGUGAGGUAGAUUGGAAAGGACCUGAGAAAUUUCAGUUCCCAUGUAAGGAGGAGUUGCCAAGUCCCGAAAACAUCAAUGACAAACCCAUGGAGGUAAAGCAAAGCAUUGAAUUAAAAGAAGAAGACAAGAAAGAUACAGACUAUGAACCUUGCCUUAGGGUUGGCAUGAAUUGCUACAUGGGCAAAUUUCCUGCCAACUCUUUGAGCGCAAAUGCUUUAGAAUCGUCCCUGCCAUCAGAAAUAGGUGCCACGGUAAAGAAUGGAUCAUCUUGCCGAAAUAGACCUCCUUGCCCCAAAUGUUCCAUGGAUUCCCAUGCAAAUCCAGAGCAUCACUCAUGCCUUUGUUUCACAGUUGAAUCAGACAGGACUGCUUCUGUGAUUUUUUCACAAGCCAGUGACUCAAGACCUGAGACAGGGAAAAUACAGUCCAAAAAAAAGAGAAGAAAGAAAAAGAAGGAAAAAUUGCAUGGAGUUAAGGCUGGGACAGGCAAGCUUGGUCUGAAAAAGCUCAGGCAGGCCAGAGUGGCCAAAAACACCAUGUGCAAAGCUGCUGCUGACUUGAAGAGAAAGGAUAAAAGGAAGAAACAGAAGUUAGCAGGAAGAAAGUUUGUUCCUAAGAACUCUCAAGAAAAACAUAAGGAUCAUCCUCCGCAGCUCCCAGUGGAGCCAGCCUUUAAGUUGGUCUGCACUAGUUUGGAUGAACUGAGGGAUCUCAUCAGUAAAACAGAGGAUGAGCUAGAUGAGUUGGAGAGCACCAAAAAGAGAUGUGAAAGGUGGUACAUUAAGAGAGAAGCAGUGAAGGAGCUUCACAUUACACUCAUAAGACUGCUGAAUGAGCUGUUGCCGUGGGAACCCAAAUUACUCAAGGCCUUUCACAGGAACAGGGCCCGGUUGAAAAAGGAAAGUGACGACUUUAAAAAGCAUCCUGAAUAUGAAAACUUUGUCCGAGAGGAGUGGGUAGCAUUCAAAGGAGAUGGAGAUGCAUACAAAGAAGGCUCUUCGUCCACAGAGAUUAGCAGAGAAUUGAAGGAUGAGGACAAAACCGAGAGACAUUUGAAGGGAGGCUCUGGAACAACAGACUGUGAAAAUCACAUUGGAAAUCACUUAUUAGCACACUUACUCAGCAGACCAGAUGUUAACACAGCAGCUUUGAGUGAAUCUGGACCUUUGACUCGAAGCUCAAAGCGCCGACAGAGUGGAGGAAUAGAUGAGGACUUCAGUCUUAGCAAAAAAGGAAAGAUGGUCGCUGAUGAUCCUGUGACCACUGAACCACAAACAAAGGUUACAUACAGGGACCAAAGUACGGCCGGAACAAACGCUUCGACCACUGAAACUGUGGUAACGGCACCUCCGGGUGGUUUUCAGAGGCGCUGUAAUCCAAUUCAGGCAUUGCUGGCCAAGAGUGUUGGAAAUAAAGUAACCCUAAUAAGUCAUCCACAGGCAGCUCAAAUUUUGCACUGUCCAAAUAAGACGGCUUCUGCAGCUCUAACUACAACCAACCCCACAGCAAUUUGUCAGCCUACACCACAAUCAGCACCUGACUCCAUGCAAACGCAUACUUCCACUCCAUCAUCUGUACAGAGGCCUAUGCAGGUUGUAUAUAAGGCCCCAGAAGGCUUGAGUUUGGUUAGGAAUAAUGGCACGCCAGUUAAGUUUUCAGUGCAGCCAGUCAUUCAUCAGAAAACAGGGGAGAAGGCAAUGCAGCAGGUUAUUAUUCUUCCCACAAAUUUACUCAUUCAAAAGACUGAGGCAAAAAGAGCUCAGCAACCAUCCUGUAUGACUGCUGGUGCCACAACCAAGCCUGAUCCACUUCUGUCCAAUCCUUCAGGGUUCACUGUGCCAGAAAACAAGAUUCCGGUCCAGCAAGUGUCUCCAUUAAAAAGUAUUAGCACUGUAAUGACAUCAUCUGCUGUUUCACCUAGCUUGCAAAAAUCAGUUUCACCUGCCCGUAAAAAGACUGCUGAACCAAGUUUUACCCUAAAGGGAUCCACUACAUCUACUUCAGCCACUACUGAACCCAACAAAUGUGAUCUUAAUCAAGAGUUAAAGACAGUGUGCAUCAGAGACUCGCAGUCCAUUCUUGUCACAACCAGAGGAGGAAACACAGGAGUGGUGAAGGUACAGACUUCAGACAACAGUGGUGCAAGUGUUUUACCAUCCAGCCCUAUUUUCACUCUCCCCCCUAAGUUUCAAGCUUUCCUGCUGUCCAAGGCAUCGACUGUAGCAACAUCCACGCCUCAAACUACCACAGCUGCCAAGUUAUUGCCUGUCGUCUCCUCUUUAAUUGACAACAAGGUAGUUUCUUUUAAUUCGGCACCCCAAUCGUCUUUAAAAAGUGCCAAUCCGGUGAACCCGUGCCCUCUGAUGGAAAGAUUAAGUGGUACAGUACCCUUUAACAAUGACUUGCCUUUCCCUGUAGGGUCUGUUUCUGACAAUGCAGCAAAGCGUGCCCAGAUAUUAAUUGGUAUUAACUCACUAGUUCCAGCCAACUCCCAAAGUAAUGCUAGUGUCCCUUCAUCUGUCUGGGCUGUCCAGACUGCUGCUUCUGAAAACAUCAUUCGACUUACUCAAAAGAGCCCCCAAGAUACUAGCGUCGAUCCAGAUCCGUCUACCUUCCAGAAAGCUUUUGUAGUCGCAUCCACUACAAACAUCUCAACAUCAGUAUCAAGUAUCACCACUACGUCUGCUGCUUCUGCUUUUCCAGGAUCAAGGGUCAAGUUCAUGAGUCAGUCUGGCUCUGCCUGCUCUACGGUUACUGUUGGUAAAGGGUUAGUAACAUCAGAGUGCAGUAUUACUGCUACAGCUACUUCAUCAGCAGUUGAAGUCAUGAAAGUUAGACCCAACCUUGGGCAAUCCAUUGGCAGCACAUCUGCUGGUACUCCGACUGAAGUCCAGGGCAUCAACAUUACUGGAUUAGGAGCUAGGAUACUGGACAGAACUACAGUGACGAGCAAAAAAAUGGCAGAAAUCACCACAAAAGUUGCACCUAUGAUGAUGUCCAGUGUACUUGCACCUUCAAGUGGGCAAUUUUUUGUCCAGAACUGCAACUCUUCUGCAAAUAGCUGUUUGUCACUGAAUGCCAAUGGUCCUGUCAAAGCAACUGGAUCUGCUGAUGGUAAAAGUGUUAAGUUUUCCACUUAUGACACUGGGCAUAUGGCCUCCUCUGAACUCCUUUCAGCAGUACAACAGAAGAGUGCGUCUCACUCCGUGUCAACCGCUAUUUCAGUAUCGGACAUCCUAAAUAAUAGAUCAGAGCUAGUAGCUAGCAGCUCAGCACCAAAUAUAUGCUGUUCAGUAUUAGGAAGCCCAUUUAACAAAGGCACUACUUUACCAACGGGAGUGAUGCAGGACAAACCGUUGGAUAGUAUGUCCCUUAGUACGGCUUCUACAGCUAUCAAACUUCCUAUCAUCAGCUCUUUGACAAGGGUCUCUCAGCCCCUAGCUCUGAGCACCACAACAGCAAAACAUGUAUCAGACAACCCUUCUACUGGAAUUCGAUCAGUAAUGCCUUCUACGGUGAGAUCUCCUAUGAAUGCCGUCCCUGGCACCACAACAGUUCAGGAAAAAGUUGUGAUCAAUACUACUGCCCCACUUGCUCCUGGAACCCAACUGUUCAUUAACAACACAAGGUUUGUUGUACCUGCUCAAGGACUUGCGCCUGGCAGUCAUGUUCUUCUUAUCUCAAGUCCCACUGUGCAUCCUACUGGCCGACUGGGGACAAAUCCUGUCUAUCCUGCCCCAAGGGUGGCAGGUACUCUGACUGCUCCUCCUGCUGCUUCAGUUGUUCAAGGUCUGAGAAUGGUAACACCUAGUAUAAGGUCACAUGAUACAUCAGUCAGGCAACCGGCACCCAUCCCAGCAAAGAUUGAACAAUCUGUCUCUGUUAAUAAUCUUUUAACUGCAGUCAGGUCCCCACCAGUCACCAUUAAUUCUUCUACUUUUGCACAGGUGUCUCAGUUUGGUACUGCCCGAUCAUCUGGGCAACAAUGCUUGACCCAUAUUGUAAGACUUCCUUCCUUUUUACUCCCUGAAGUGAAAGAAUACCCUGCUGUUUCUUCAGGUAGUGUUACCAGCUGCCCAAAGGAAAACAUUGCAGUUUCCGCUCAGUUACAAAGAUGUUUACCGAGCACAAACACUCCAGACCUUUCACAAACAGAAUCUUCCAGUGCUGCACCGAAAUUGAAAUCAGUCGUAACGGCAGUAAAACCGGUGAUUUCCUGGCCAUCCCCAGUGGUCACCGUGUCACCCAUGAGUAGUACAGUAUCAAGGAUGCAGACACUUCCUGUGGCAACUGUACCACCAAUUGGCAGUACAAUGAGUAGCGGUCAAAACACUUGUGUCGCAACAGUAUCUCCAUCUAUUAACACACUUUUAAUGGCAACUUGUCAACCAGUUAGGCCUGUGCAACCUGGAAAUAUUAGCAUGACAGUCCCUAGCCAUCUACCACAGGUUAAAAGCAAGACUCCAUCACAAGUCUCAGGUGGGCAAAUCAUCUGUACUCCCAGUAAAUUGUUGUUAAGUCCAGAUGGUGCCAUUUUGAAUGUACUUAGAUACCCACCCCUACAAAAUCUACCAGUGAUGACGGAUAAAAUGGCAGCGGGUGUAACCACCUCUAAUGCAGCUGUUUUGCACACGCUAGAUUCAGAGAGAAUGGUAACAUCGGAUAAUCCAGAAUGACCUAAUUACUAAAAAUGUGAUUUCAAAUUAAUCGAAUAAUUAAUUUGAUUACCCCCUUACAAAACCACCCCCCCCCUCCAUCCACCAAUCUUUCUCAGAUCAAACGGUUUAGAUCUAUGGAAUAAGCACUAUUUUGUAUAUUGGACACUUAUAACACCUAUGGUGGGAAAUGCUGUCAUGAGUUGUUUUUUUUAAUUAUUAUUAUCAAUUUUGAAUUAGAACGGCCAGU